AAAAAGUUGAGAGGUCUCGGUGAAAUCGCUCUUCCCGGCCACUUUCUUGUGUGCGCGCCUUGCCUCGCCUUGUGAAGAGAGUUUUUUGCACUCCGUGUCGGGAGAAACGGGACACGGGUGGACUUUUUUUUUUUUUUUUUUUUUUUUACUCUGGCCCUUUUUCCCUGCAGGAAUACACAGGGGAGGAGGAGGUGGUGCAGCAGCAGGAGGAGGAGGAGGGGGGACGCUCUGGCUGCUUGAAGAUCUGUUUCGACUCCAAACUUUGGGCGACAUGGACGCGCACCGCGGCGCGCCUCCGGCAGGCCAGCAGGUCGUGCACGUCCGCGGGGACUCCAAAACGGAGCUGGAGGCCCUCUUCAACGCCGUGAUGAAUCCCGGCAAGGCGGCCAGGCAGCCGCACUCCCUCCCCAUGAGGAUGAGGAAGCUGCCGGACUCCUUCUUCAAGCCGCCGGAGCCCAGGGGCCACUCAAGACAAGCCAGUUCAGACGGAGGCCUGUGCGGCUCCCUUGCCCCUCAUCACGUCCGCGCUCAUUCCUCCCCCGCCUCCCUCCCAGUCAACUCCCUCUCCGCUCAAGCAGAUGCAGAUGCAGCAGCCACGCCGAUCAUACCCGAUGACGUGCCACUCCCCGACGGUUGGGAGAUGGCCAAGACGCCCACUGGCCAACGGUACUUCAUCAACCACGUGCACAAGACGACCACAUGGCAGGACCCCCGCCUCUCGCAGCUUCAGUCGGCUGCGGCCCAGCAUCAGAUCGCCUGCACCCCGAUCCACGCCCACUCCUUCAGCAACCCAGCGCCCACUACGCAACCAAAAAAUAUUAUUCCUGAGACAGGUCCACUGCCUGAAGGCUGGGAGCAGGCUGUGACUGCAGAUGGAGAGAUGUACUACAUUGAUCACAUAAAUAAGACCACCACAUGGGACGACCCGCGUCUAGCCCAGAAGGUGAAUCCUGCCAACCUUGGUUUGGCAAUGCAGCAAAGGCAGGAGAAGCUCAGACUGAAGCACAGCAUCCUUCCACAAUUUGUACCACAGGAGUCGGGAGGUAGCAACCAGAUGCCCGGAGGGAUGGACCAUGACAGGACCGCACAGAUGCUUGUCCCGUCGGUGGAUGUCAGGAUCAGGGCCCUGAAACAAGAGCCUAACCUCAAUGGCGCUCACUCACGUAACGAAAGCACCGACAGCGGUCUGAGCGUCAGCAGCCUACCACGCACGUCCGACCACAUGUUGAGCUCUGUGGAUCAUAUGGACACUGGUGACUCUAGUGAGCCCCCGUCGAUGAGCCUGCAGGAGUCGAUGCCGGUGCUCCCGAUGAACGACGAGCUGAUGCCAGGCAUCCCCGACGGUUUGACUUCAGACAUCUUGAUGGACAUGGACACGGUUCUCUCUGGGUCGCACAUGGACAGGGACAGCCUACUCACCUGGCUAUAGACGCACGCAGGAGCUGCCGCCGCCCGCUCCAGCGUGGUUUGAAAUCAAGCUUUUGUUGUGUGACUGAGGGUUCUGGGAAAUUUGAGUGGAAUUUAAAAGGUGGUACAGAACAACUCCACAGAGAGAAUAUGCUACCGAUUAUGUGACGGAUAUCUAACACUACUCACUCCCUCACACGUGUAUAAAACAAAAUGACUUUCACUGAAGCCGGUGGCCGUCUCUCGCCGGGUCUGGUUUCGCAAAAAGGCUCCACUCCUUUUCAUCUUGGUCCUCCGAUGACUGUUAUGUCCAACCAAAAUCACACUUGGAAUUGCUUUUAAUCAGGGUCCAGUCUAGAAACAUGUUCUUGUGCCAGUAACUUGAACACAAAAGACCUGUCAAAAUAGCAUUAUUGUUACAUAAAGAUUUAAUCUAAGAGGGGGGAAAAAAUCUUUAGAUUGGACUCCAAUUAGCUAAAUUACCUGUGGGGAAUUAAACGCAACAUCCCACGCUUCUACCUCUGAGCAGCUGGUACCUUGUGGUUUAAUGCAUAUAUACUCAGAGUUGUCAAAAAAUAAGCUUUUAACAACGUUUUGCCUUCAUGCGAGCAGAGAAUCAACGGAUUUGUCUAGAUUUAAAACUACAAUAAUUAGUUACGCAAUCUCAGGCAUCUUUUAUUGGAAGGGGGGAAAUGGCGCCCUCUUGUGGUAAGUCAGAAAAGAACCGUGUCUCCUCCCUAAAACUGUCUUAUAGAAGUAAAAACAGCAGGAAAUUCGGGUGAAAUGUCUUGCCCAGGGACACAACGACUGAGACGGUCAGAGCGGGGGAUUGAACCGGCAGCCCGCCAAUUGUAAGAUUUCCCCAAUAACCUUUAAGGAUGACUCCUCGGUUUUUGUUUUCUAUGUUUAUUUUUAACCCUUAGCCCUUCUUUUUAUCAAGAAUGGUGCAACAGUCUCACUGAAAGGAAAAAAAAAAUCUUUAUUGAAGCAAGUGAUAUUUGGGUAAUUUUUUUUUCUUUUUUUAGUGUAUUAAAAUACUUUUUAUUACAGAAUGUUAAUCCCUGUCAGCAAUGAACACAAGCUUCACAGGUGCAGUAUUUAUUCUGGAUUUCUAAUGAACCCCACUGUGCUGGAUAGUUAUUUCAUUUUCAUUCUGCCGACCUCUUCCUGAGGAAAAGAUGCCAUCUUUCCUUUGCCGUAAAGGAAAAAUGCUUGAGGCCUUCUAUUAUUAUUAUUAUUAUUAUUAUUAUUAUUAUUAUUAUUAUUAUUAUUAUUAUUAUUAUUACAUAACACCUUUUGUAAUACUGGAUUAAAACAUUUCUGGUAUUCCCCUUAUUUCACUUGAACUGGUCUGUACACAUUCAGGGGCUCAUUAGGAAAGACACUCAAAUAGUGACAGCCUCUGUUUUAGCUCAUCAGCUGUAAAUUGGGUAAAAUUCUCACUUUGUCACGUUAGAUGCCGCUUUAUCGCCAUUUCAGCCGUCUAUUGUUUGUCAUUUAUUUUAGAAAUUCUGUUACAUAUUCUGAAUAUUUCUUGAUCCGAUACUCCUCUUUGAUACUGCUUUUCACAACAAAUAUAAAUAAGGUUGUCGGUGUGUGAACCCCACCACAAGGUGAUUAAAAAAAAAAAUCUGUGGAAAGAAACGUCUAACCUAACAAACGACUUCAAAUCCCAAAUCUUCAUAGUGUUUUUGUUUCUUUAAAUAUUGCAUGGAUUGUUCAUGUAAAUACAUAAAAUUACAGGGCUCUACAGACCUUUUCUGAAACUUUAUAAUAUAAGGGUCCCUAUGGAUGUGUUUUUUUUUUUUACUUAGUUCAAAACAUGAUAUAGUGAAUUUUGAUGUCUCCACCCUAUAAUUCCUAUCUUCAGUUUUUCAACCUGAAAUCAAUCCAGAACAUGUUUUUUCCAGCAUGUAACAGAAGUUUACUCAUCCUGCUAACAAAUUAGUUUUUGUGCUUUUUUUUUUUUUUUUAACUACAUGGACACCUAAAAUAAGUUGGGGCUUCUAGAAAAGGUGACAAACUAAUUGUAAACGCUGCAUUUUUUUAGAAUAUUUUAUUCCAGCAGCAAACAUCAGGUUCAGACAUCAGUAUAUGGGGGCUUUUUUUAUUUCCCUUGUUAAGUUAAACCAUGUGAAAGUGAUAUUUGUUUUUAUCUGCUUGGUGGUUUCUGCAGUGCGUUUAGAGCAGGUCGGGGUAUUAAGCUAUGAAUUACCAGAUGAGAGCAUUUGUCAUAACCGACUUCUUUGUUUUAUGUAUAUGCAGUACUAUAGCUAAGGACUUCAUUCUGAAAAUCCCACAGUACCCUUCAUUUAAACGGCCGAACAGCUUAGCAAGUCAUUUAUUACUCAUACACAUCAUGAAACACACUACCAAGUCUAUUAUUUAUCUUGGCAUGCCUGACACUUGCUAUGUGCUGUAUGUUGCAUAUAAUGACUUUAUUAUACUAUUUACAAAGAGUUUUGAGGUUUUCAGACUUAUUUUUUUGUUUUUGUUUUUUUUACUUGUUUAUGCAUGAUUAAUAUUAUAAUCAAUUUAAAGAAGUUUCUGUUUAAUAAACUUUUAAAUUACCACCUGGA